AUGCAGACUGAGCCUAGGUCGCCCACCGAGAUCGCCGAUGGAUCCGAUCUUGAGAUCUUCGACGACAAGGACAACAAGGCUGGCUUGGAGGCUGGUUUGGAGCCCAGGAGCUUUGAGAAACGCAAGCGUGGUGCACCUACGCCCUCCGAGUGCGCUCGUUCGGAGGCGGCGAGGACUGUACUUCGUGGGACGGCUGCAGACCUUUCUGAGCAAGAUGAACAUGAUGUAGAAAGCCCUACUAAGCGUCCUCAUGGUGAUCCAGGUGCAGAUGCCCCCAUGACAGGACGUGAACUUCGAGAGCUACUGCAAGGACACGUGAUGAGCAUGCGCCAAGCAUGGACUGAAGUUGAGUCACGGGUCGGGUCUGUUGAGUCGAGAGUUUCCACCGUUGAGGGCCGCCAGACCCAGUUCAAGGGUGAAGUUGAGUCUGUUAAAGGGCGAACUAAAGUCUUGGAACGUGAUCUCUCUACAAUCCGGAAAGAGCAUGAGGCUGGCAAAGUCAAGGUUCAAGAGCUCACGGAGGAGGUCAAGAAUCUCAAGGUUCAAUGGGAUGAGUUCCAAACAAAGGAGUCCUCCGGUGAAAGACUUGACAAGAAGCAGGACUUGGCCCAUGUUCCCCAUGACCCUUGGGCGGACUACAUCAGGUACCUGGGGGUGAUCUUCUUCCUCCUGGACCCGCUCGUGGACAAGGAUCAGCACUUCCUACGGACACCUUUGGCGCCGACCCCAACGACACGCUCACCGAGGCCGCACUUCAACAUGGUCUCCGCCCUUGUGCUCCCAGUACUGCCCAACAAUGUCUUGCCACUCAUUACCCGCGUGACCCCAGUCGACGCGGCCGCCACAUAG